AUGGACAAAGGAAAUUGUUCCACCUUGACGGGAUUCAUUUUCUUGGGAAUUACCAAUAACUCUGGGAUGAAAGUGACUCUAUUCGCCACCAUUCUGGUUAUUUACCUCAUUAAUCUCCUGGCAAAUCUUGGAAUGAUUAUUCUAAUUAGAAUGGAUUCCCAGCUUCACACACCAAUGUACUUCUUCCUCAGCCAUCUCUCCUUCUGUGACCUCUGUUAUUCCACAGCAAUUGGGCCCAAGAUGCUGGUGGACCUAUUUGCCAAGAACAAAUCAAUUCCCAUUGUGGGCUGUGCUCUUCAAUUCUUGGUCUUCUGUACUUUUGCAGAUUCUGAGUGUCUGCUGCUGGCAGUGAUGGCCUUUGAUCGGUACAAGGCCAUCAGCAACCCCUUGCUCUACACAGCCAACAUGUCCAACAGAGUGUGCUCCCUGCUCGUGGCGGGAGUUUACUUGGUGGGCAUGGCAGAUGCUUUGAUACACACAAGUUUAACGUUCCGCUUAUGUUUCUGUGGCUCGAAUGAGAUUAAUCAUUUCUUCUGUGAUGCACCUCCUCUCCUAUUGCUCUCUUGCUCAGAUACACAGGUCAAUGAGUUAGCGAUA